GAGCAGUGGCGAGAGCUCUACGGAGCGGCAGCUUUUGGCAACGUGGCCAAGGUUGAAGCUCUGCUGCAGCUCCCCAUGGACUUGGAUUCUCGAACAGAUGAAGAUGGCAUUACUCCGUUGAUGAGGGCGUCUGAAUGCGGCCACGUGGAGAUCGCACAGUUGCUCCUGGAGGCCGGUGCAGAGACGGAUGUUAGUGACAGUGACCGCUGUACAGCUCUGAUGUGCGCAGCAUGGAACGGUCGUGCUUCGGUCGUGGAGCUGCUCCUGGACGCCGGUGCACAGAAGGAUCUGCGCGAUUCGGAGGGCCUGACUGCGCUGAUAUCUGCGUCGCGGUGCGGUCAUGCUGAAGCGGUGCACCUGCUGCUGUCGGCAGGUGCUCAGACGUGUGUGCGUGAUGACGAGAACAGGACAGCGCUGAUGCAUGCAGCAUACAACGGUCAUGCUCCAGUGGUGCGGUUGCUGCUCGAGGCCGGUGCCCACGUGCCUGCGCGCACAGCCCUGAUGGUGGCUGAUCCCGAAAUCCGACGAUUGCUGGAGCCUGCUACAACAUGCCCUUAA